CCAACCCAACCCAAGCCGGGCUCGUUUUGCUGCUCCGCCAAAGUAAAACCGUUGCGGCGAUUCAUCUAAAACCCACCCUCUCUUCAUCCGUUUCUCCUUCCCAUGGCGCCGCCGCCUCCCAACGCCAACGCCGCCGCCGCCCCCUCCGUCUCCGUCUCCCCCCUGAUGCUCGCCGUAACGGGGUUCUCCACCUUCAGCGACAGGCUCCUCGAGUUCUUCAAUCAGUGGGACUCCUUCAUCCGCCACGCGACCGCCAUCUCCGACGAAUUGUGUGCCCUGUCCACCCCUGCCCCCGUCCCCGUCGUCGAGCCCGAACCGUCUCCCGAAUCCGCUCCAGUCCCCAACCCUGUCCCCGCCGCCGAGCCCGUGCCCGCGCCUGGGCCGUCCCAGCCUGGGGAACCCAAGCCGAACGGCGGCGGCGACGACCCGUCGGCGGAGCAUAUGGGGCGAAUCUGCGAGCGCAUGGGCUCGGGUUCGCUCCUCCGCUUCGUCAUCUCCCGCCUGGGGGACCUCCCGUGGCUGCUCCGCACGGUCCCGGCCGCGCUGCCCCGUGCCCCCAACCCCGCGGAGCUCGUGCUCCGGGCCAUCGGCCGAUUCUACAUCCGGGCCAGGAGCAAGAACACCGAGGCCGCGUGCGAGCUCCUCCUGCUGUCGUACGUGCGCGCAGGGUGCCCCCUCCGCCCGGGCCGGGAGGUUGCCGACGACGAGCUGCGGGCGGAGGCCCGCGAGGCGGCGUUGUCCUGGCGCAGCCGUCUUGUGCGGUCCAAAGGUCGGGUCGCCGAUGCGGCCGCCAACGACGCCCGCGGCCUUAUUCUCCUCAUGGCUGCCUUCGGCGUGCCCGUGGAGUUCCCGUCGCAGGAGAUCUACGAGCUGUUGCAUGCUGGCGGCGGCCUGGCCUGCGCCGAGGUGCUCAAAUGCUCCAAGCUCUUCGUAGAUAAGCUGCGUGAUGUUGUUGCUGAUAUGCUGGAUAAAGGGAUUUAUCACCAAACUGUUGCUACAAUAGUCGCAUUUGAACUUCAGGAUGCGUUCCCGCUUUCAACGUUAGCGACUUGUGUCAUUGAUAGAAUUGUGUACAAGGAUCUAGAAAGUGAAAGACAGUGCCACCUACCAGGAUCGGUAUAGAAUGAUGAAGAGAAGUCGGCUGCAUUGGGAUCACUAUCCAAAUAUGUGGACGAUCACAAGCAAUGUGCCCCAGAGAGUUUCAGUAUUGAUGAUAGGAUCGCGGUGCUGGAACAACGCCUCGGGAAGCCACAACAAGCCAUUUCAGAAACAAAACAUAAGAGGACAACACAGGAGGGUAGUGUAGAAUGCACUCGAGGGCCUAAGUGUCCACAAAGUCCAGCUACUUCUAGUGCAGUACCUAACAAUAAUCUUGAAGGAUAGAUCAAGCCGCAUAUCUGUUCAAAUAAUUGAGAAGUCACCAAACAAUGACGAGGGGUCCAGUUGAACCCUGUGGAAAAUAGUAUCGUUCAACCUAGCAAGGUCUGAAAAUAGUAUGUUCACCAUAUUUCUGCAUGUUUGUUAUGGGAUUCAUUUUUGGGUUGGGGGUCUGAAGCUAGGAAAUGUGCAUCACCCUUAGCAUCAGUUUUGCCUUAUUUGGAAAUCUCAGUUACUUAGUCCUAUACCAACGAGUCAUGCAAAUGCAACGUUGCUUAUGCUUCUAACUAUAAUACUUAUAAUAUGGCAUGGAUUUACAUCAUUACAAAUCAUUUUCAUUAACAUCUAUUGCACUUAUGUGAAGUGCAUUUUUCGUUUGGGUGUGCUAUUUAUUGUGCUUUUGGGUCACCUUGCACCACCUUUAAGGAUUCUUAUCAUGUUGCACCACAUUCUGCUAGCAGUUUUUCAACCAUCACCAUAUUUAA